AUGGAAUCGUGUGAUUCCAUAUCAACUGAUGAAACAUCAUCAUCAUCUUUUUCUUCUUCAAAACCAAUAAAUUGCUUAUCAUCAUUAUCAUCAUCUUCAUCGUCAAAACCAACUGAAUCAUCAUCUUCAUUGUUAUCAAUUUCACCUAAACCAACAAUUACAAAAACAACAUCAAAUAAACGAAAAGCUAUAAAUUGUGAUGUGCUUUUGCACACGAAUCUUAAUGAUGAAUUAGUGCGUUUUUCUGGAAAAACAACUGAACAUUCUCAUUUACCAAAUCCUGCUGAAUUGGAAAUACGAAAUCUUAAAGAAGUAAUGCGACAAAGAGCUGAAAAUGAAUUAGCACCAUUACUAGAAAUUGCUGAACAACGAAUGAAAGAAUUAUAUGAUCGAUUUAAUAAUAACAGAAUCACAGCACAAGAUUUAUUACGUGCACUUUCCUUUUUUGUUGCGAAUGAAAAAUAA